AUGUUCUACUGGAGUUCUUUGAAGGCCUCCCACAGGCAGUCUGUUGGAAUACGUUUUAUCAGCUCUUGUGCGACCGAUAAACCGAAUCAACACUUGUUUGAGUACACCUCUGGUAGAUGGAUAUACAACGAGUCGCUUCGCCGAGCUGAAAGAGCCCUAGUCUUUAACGUCCAAGAGCUUAAACGCGUUGCUGCUGCCUCCGUUGACCGGCAUGAAGCCGAUAUCCAGAGCUUCAGGAAGCUUGCAGAAGGCGGAUUUAAUCGUAUUUUUGAAAUCACAAUGAAAGGUGAUAAUACCCAGAUUCUCGCCCGGCUACCCUACCCUUCUACCGUCCCUACAAGGCUUGCUGUUGCGAACGAGGUUGCAACGCUGGGCCUUCUCCGCUACCAUAAUGUUCCCGUGCCGAAAGUCCUUGGUUACUCUGCUAAUCCUGACAAUUCUGUUGGCGCGGAAUUCAUUCUUAUGGGGAAGGUUAAUGGAACCCCAAUUGGGGAUUCGUGGUAUACACUUUCAGAUAAACAACGGUUAAAAGUCUUAGCAGGAUUGGUCCAACUUGAGGCGAAGUUAUUUGCAAUCCAGCUUCCAGCAUCCGGUAGUUUAUAUUAUUGGCGCGAUUUACCCCCGGAAUUGCAGAAAGUUGCUGUCUACCUGUCCCGGGAUUCUAAUCUUCCUCAUGGUUGCCCGGAAAUCUGUGUUGGGCCGGACACGUCUUUGAAGUGGUGGUAUGCGGAACGGUCCUUUCUCCGUGACAUCAAUCGCUGUCCGCAUGCCGGUCAGUGUAUGGAGGCUGCAGCGAAGAAAGAAUUAGCAUGGUUAAAGUCCUAUGCGAAACCGCGCUUUCCAUUUGAACGAGGAUACAGGGAAGCUACGAAUUAUCAAAAGUCUGCUCCGGAGGAAUAUAGCGAAACUCUUGAGAAGUACCUAAAAAUCAUACCUUAUCUUGUCCCGCACGACAAAGGUCUACAGAGGCCAAUCUUGCGCCAUCCUGACCUCCAGCCUAACAAUAUCUUUGUUAACAAGGACUUGGACAUAAUUGGUUUAAUUGACUGGCAACACUGUUCCGCCCUUCCCCUCUUCCUUGCGGCUGGGAUUCCACACUACAUUCAAAACUAUGACGAUGAGGAAUCACUCAGUUUCACCCCUCCUAAACUACCUGAUAACUUAGAUGAAAUGAAUCCACAUGAACGCUCUGCUGCACUAGAAAAGUUUCGAAGGAGACACCUACACUUUUAUUAUCUUGAACUUACGAAACGAUUUAACCCGUGUCAUUUUCGCGCCCUUGACACAAACUCAAACCAUCUAUUAAAACGGAAAACGUUUAUCCAUGCUGCUUCUCCCUGGGAAGGGAAUAACGCUCAGCUAAAAGCGGAUUUAGUACAUAUCGUGAAAAAUUGGAAUAUCAUCGUUGCUUGCGCAGACGAUCAACAGGUGGACAACGCUAACUGCCAUAUACCUCAAUGCCCUGUGACUUUCGACCCAUCAGAAGCCCGGGAAGCUCUCCGCAUUGAAAGGGAAUAUGAAGAGAUGGAUACCCAACUCUCUCGAAUUCGAGAUGCUAUUGGAGUAAGCAUUGAUGGAUGGACGUCAAACGAAAUGUUUAAAGGUGCAGUUGAACGGGAACAGGAGCUUAAGAAGAUGGCAAUUGCCUCUGUCUCUGACAACAAGUAUGAUCAAGAAAUGACCCAGAAGCAUUGGCCAUUUGAUGACUUCGAUGAAAAUGAAUAG